AUGGAAACCGCUGCAACAGCCGACCUACACCAUGCUCCAACCGGAUUCGUCGGCUCCUCAGCCGAUUACCCUCCCAUUACAACCUUUCAAGAUGCGAAAGCAGUUUGUCUUUUGGAAUCGGUCAAGUUAUGGACCAUUGCCGGUCCAAUUGCCUUCAAUAUCUUAUGUAAUUACGGGAUUAAUUCCACCACCAAUAUAUUUGUCGGUCAUAUUGGCGACGUCGAGCUCUCUGCCGUCGCUAUUUCCCUAUCCGUUCUCGCUAGUUUCUCUUUCGGAUUCAUGUUAGGCAUGGGAAGUGCAUUGGAGACUCUAUGCGGGCAGGCGUUUGGUGCCGGUCAAGUGGAAAUGCUCGGUGUCUACAUGCAGAGAUCUUGGAUAAUCCUGACUUCCGCUUGUUUCUUCAUCAUGCCAUUAUACAUUUACGCAACUCCACUCCUCCGACUCCUCGGCCAACGUGACGAUAUCGCAGAUCUCGCAGGAAAAUUCUCAAUUCAGGUGAUUCCUCAAAUGUUCUCAUUAGCAAUCAAUUUCCCCACUCAGAAAUUCCUCCAAGCUCAAAGCAGAGUAGUUGCGUUGGCCUGGAUUGGAUUCGUAGCGCUUUUCGUGCACAUCGGAAUGUUGUACUUGUUCAUCCAUGUGUUAGGAUGGGGGACCGGCGGUGCGGCCAUGGCUUACAAUCUCUCAGCAUGGGCGAUUGCGGUGGCUCAAGUGGUUUACAUUGUCGGGUGGUGUAAAGAAGGAUGGAAAGGACUAUCAUGGUCGGCAUUCAACGAUCUUUGGCCUUUUGUUAAACUAUCCGUUGCUUCAGCAAUUAUGAUUUGUUUAGAAAUUUGGUAUUUCAUGAGUAUUAUCAUCCUCACCGGCCAUCUUGAAGACCCUGUUAUCGCUGUCGGAUCUCUUUCCAUAUGUAUGAAUGUUAAUGGAUGGGAGGGCAUGUUGUUUAUCGGAAUCAAUGCAGCUGUUAGUGUUAGAGUUUCAAAUGAGCUUGGAUCAAAGCAUCCAAGAGCUGCGAAAUACUCAGUGGCGGUUACAGUAGUUGAAUCCCUGAUGAUUGGAUUGUCAUGUAUGGUAGUUAUAAUGGCGACCAAAUCUAAAUUCUCCAUUAUCUUCACCGACAGCAAGGUUAUGCAGAAAGCCGUCGCUGAUUUAGCUUACCUUCUUGGCAUAACCAUGGUUCUCAACAGCGUCCAACCCGUUAUCUCGGGAGUUGCGGUCGGAGGAGGAUGGCAGGCUUUGGUGGCUUACAUAAACUUGUUCUGUUAUUAUGUAGUGGGUCUCCCUCUUGGCUUCUUCUUAGGUUACAAGACGAGUUUAGGCGUCCAGGGGAUUUGGAUUGGAAUGAUAUGUGGGACGAUGUUACAGACAAUAAUAUUAAUUAUCAUCACAUUGAAAACUAAUUGGAAUGAUGAGGUAUGUAAAUAAAGUCAUAAUAUUUUUUAUAUAUUAUAUAUUUU